AGUAGCCUCGUUUCCAUGGUGACCAUAUUAAACACCGCUAACAGGAAAAUGUCUGCCCAGGCUUCGUGUCCGGAGCAGGAGGACUUUGAGGACUUCUUCACCGUGUUCGACGGCUCCUCUCCGGAGGACGCGUCCCACGCCCGGCAGCUGUGGAGCUCGCUGGCUCUCCUGCCGCCGCUGGAGUCCCGGCUGGUGUCAGCAGAGAUCCGACAGAGGCUGCCGGUGUCCCGGCCUGCUCCCGGACCCAAACAGUCCUCACCGGAGCCGCCGAGUGUCCCGGCGGUCCGGCAGAGACAGGCGGAGAGACGGCGGUAUGAGGCCAUGGCCGCCAAGAGGAGGGAGAUCCUGGCUCUGCUGAGGAGCCAGAGGGAGCAGAGGAUCCAGAAGGAGCUGCUCUCCGUGGCCUUCAAACCCAGGGCCAAGUUCGGCAGAGAGAAAACGCUGAAGCUGCACAAACCUUCAGACUCGGAGGAGGACGAGGAGCUGGUCCUGCAGCUGCCGUAGACCCAAACUCUGACUCUGAAGUGUUGAUUUAUUGAGGCUUAAAGCAGAGCAGAUAUGUCAGAAUUAAACACGAGUUUACCGCCAACUGUUCUGUUUACAAACGGCAGAAAUGGAAUUAAUA